GGCGGGAGCAGCACGGCGCCGCGGUCCGCGAGCUCCGCAUUCGAACCUCCCUCGCAAAGACAGUCUCCGCCCCACAAUGCACCGCGGCGGCCAGCCUUUGAAAAAGCGGCGCGGCUCGUUCAAGAUGGCGGAGCUCGACCAGUUGCCUGACGAGAGCUCUUCAGCAAAAGCUCUCGUCAGUUUAAAAGAGGGAAGCUUAUCUAAUACAUGGAAUGAAAAGUACAGUUCUUUACAGAAAACACCUGUGUGGAAAGGGAGAAAUAUAAGCCCUGCUGUAGAAAUGCCUUUCAGAAAUUCAAAACGAAGUCGACUCUUUUCUGAUGAAGAUGACAGACAAAUAAAUACGAAAUCACCUAAAAGAAACCAGAGAGUUGCAAUGGUUCCACAGAAAUUUACAGCAACAAUGUCAACACCAGAUAAGAAAGCUUCACAGAAGAUUGGUUUUCGAUUACGGAACCUACUCAAGCUUCCAAAAGCACAUAAAUGGUGCAUAUAUGAGUGGUUCUAUUCAAAUAUAGAUAAACCACUUUUUGAAGGUGAUAAUGACUUCUGUGUAUGUCUGAAGGAAUCUUUUCCUAAUUUGAAAACAAGAAAGUUAACAAGAGUAGAGUGGGGAAAAAUCAGACGGCUUAUGGGAAAACCACGGAGAUGUUCUUCUGCAUUUUUUGAGGAAGAGAGAUCAGCAUUAAAACAGAAACGGCAGAAAAUAAGGCUCUUACAACAAAGGAAAGUUGCAGAUGUUUCACAAUUCAAAGAUCUUCCAGAUGAAAUUCCUUUGCCCUUGGUUAUUGGAACCAAAGUUACAGCACGACUACGUGGCGUACAUGAUGGUCUGUUCACAGGACAGAUAGAUGCUGUGGAUACUCUUAAUGCCACUUACAGAGUGACUUUUGAUAGGGCAGGACUUGGGACUCACACCAUCCCUGACUAUGAAGUGCUUAGUAAUGAGCCUCAUGAAACCAUGCCCAUCGCUGCCUUUGGACAGAAACAGCGGCCUUCUCGAUUUUUUAUGACCCCACCACGGUUACAUUAUACUCCUCUUCAGUCACCAAUUACAGACAGUGAUCCUUUAUUAGGACAAUCACCUUGGAGAAGUAAAAUUUCUGGGUCUGACACUGAAACAUUGGGUGGUUUUCCUGUAGAAUUCCUUAUUCAAGUGACUAAAUUAUCCAAAAUUCUCAUGAUUAAAAAGGAACAUAUCAAGAAAUUAAGGGAAAUGAAUACAGAAGCAGAAAAACUGAAAUCAUAUUCCAUGCCCAUUAGCAUUGAAUUUCAGCGGAGAUACGCAACAAUUGUUCUAGAGCUUGAACAGCUGAACAAGGACCUAAACAAAGUUUUGCAUAAAGUUCAACAGUACUGUUACGAGCUUGCUCCGGAUCAGGGGCUGCAGCCAGCAGAUCAGCCCACGGACUUGCGCCGGCGCUGUGAGGAGGAGGCACAGGAAAUCGUCCGGCAUGCCAACACUUCCACAGGACAGCCCUGUGUUGAAAAUGGAAACCUCACAGACUUAAUCUCUAGGCUUACGGCUAUCUUACUGCAAAUUAAGUGUCUAGCAGAGGGAGGAGACCUGAAUUCGUUUGAGUUUAAAUCACUUACAGAUUCAUUAAAUGAUAUCAAGAGUACGAUAGAUGCUUCUAAUAUCAGUUGCUUUCAGAAUAAUGUAGAAAUCCACGUUGCACACAUUCAGAGUGGCCUGAGCCAGAUGGGAAACUUACAUGCUUUCGCAGCCAAUAACACCAACAGAGACUGAGUACACCACUGAGCUGUUCCAGCUGUGUAGGACACUGGUUUCAAGUUUUUCCUUUGUGUAGGCUAUCAACACCAAAUAACCCAACUGCUGGAAAACAAAGGAAAUUUAAAUCUCCGAAUAAGGCAUUUUAAUAUACUGUACUGCUUCUUAAACCAGCACUGCUGACCAGCAUAUAUUUAUUUUUCUUCUGUUAUUCAUAUGCAGUAGGAUUGCCAGUGUAACGUAUGUUUAUGAGCAAGUAUUUUUAAACUGAAAAUGUCUUAAGUAUAUAAUUUCAUGGGAAAAUAUGUUCACCAUUUUUUUAAUGUGCAUGAAUUCCACCAACACAUGGAGACAACUACUGCAACAGAGAAUAUGAAAAAACAUGGCCUUUUAUGCAUAGUGGUGAAUGUGGAAAUUCUACCUGGGAAAGGACCGCUCUGCUGGAGCCAGCCGUCACCACUGCAGUCUGUGGGAGAUGAGACAGGUAGUGCAGGGAGCUCUAGUCUAAGGAAGCCACUGGAGUACGGAGAGUAUGUGAUGUAUACUUGCAGCGUGACAUGGUUCUGUAAAUCGUUUUAUAAUAUUUUAAUUUAUCAUAAUUUAUAAGGAAAGCAUUCAUUGUUGAAAGAAAAUGAAGGAGCAGGAAAAAACUGUUACUGCACAAUGCUGAACUUCUGCAGGGGGAUUUGGCAUGUCUCUCCCGUCAGUUCAGGGCAAAAAGUGCUAUUGUUAUGAGAUUUAUUUUAAAAAAAGACUGAUAACACACUAUUUUCAUAUUUUUUGUUUAUUUGCACAACUUAAACCAGACAACUCAUUAAAAUCCAACAGUAUACAAUUUAUAAAAUAAAAAGGUUUUAUAAGGAAAAAUAACCAGAGUUGUGAAUUGCAGAAAAAGAUUUGUUUUUUGGUUGUUUUGGGGGUUUUUGUUUCAUUUUGUUUUUUAAAGAAAACUUGCCUAAAAUGUUAAUCUUGUAAAAAAUAUGUAUUUUGAAUUUUCUUUGUUUUAAUAGAGAAUAUUAUAAAGUCAAAAUAUAAUAAAUUGUUUUCAAAUUUGGAGUUUUAAAAUAUAGCUAUAGACGUGGUUUUGAUUCUUUUAGAUGUCUCAUAAAAUGAGACUUUUUAUAUGUUAAUGUAUAAUAAAACUGAAGUAAGAUUAUUUUCCAUUUGAAAUUUUUGUAUAGUUUAAAAAUGCUUCUGUAUUCUUUGUUGGUAUUAUGCCACUGCAAAUCUGUAGUGCAGAGUUUAUAUUUAGCUAAACUUUUAUGUUAAUAAGAAAUGCAUAAAUCUUUUAUUAAUAUUUGUAAUUCUAAAUAAAUUGGUCUAUGAAAUUUAA